UUUUUAAAGAGACAGAAGCCCAAUUUCAAGGCAUUCAAUUACAAAGUAAAAUUACUUUUAACUCAUAUUUGAUAUAUGUAGAAUUUUAUAACAACGGAAGUUAACGUAGUUACUUGAUUGUGCUACAAAAUGGCACUAAGUGCCUGAAAAAGACAUAAUACUUCCCCUUUAAAGCAGAGUUAGGUUAUAAUACAAUAUUCCAAAUUUUGAACAUGUCACUGCUACGUUCAAGUCUUUAAAACUGGACUAUGGAAGAACAAAAAACCUACAAAGAUAUGGUUGCCAACCUAAAGUAAUUGGGAGAGAAUUAAUCAGAGAAGAAGCCGAGAGGCCCAAGGCAACGAUGGAGGAGUUACAGACACACUCCACAAACCUGGCCUUUAUGGGAAAGGGGCUGGAAGGAAGCUAUAAGCUAUAAAAAAAAAAAUCCUGUUUGCAGUUUCUCCAUAAGCCAUGUAAGGGACAGAGAAACAUGUGAAGGUAUACUGAUGUAUACUGACAGCUAUGUCUGAAAAGAGAGAGCUAAGUACACCUGCUGUGGCCUAUAAAAUGGUACAAUUUAAUAAAAAGGGAUUUACAUUCAGGUGGAGCAGUUUUUUCAGAUGACUGUGACGUUGAAUUGAAUUAAUUAGCUGAGCUACAAUCAAUAAAGCAGUCUGGUAUACACCGAGGAGCUUUCAAUGUGUUAUAAAACCAAAUGCAUUAUUGUUCAAAUGGCAUCAUUUGUGCUGCGUUCUUCUCGUGGCAACUUGAUAUUGAUCGAGGGAUGGUUCAACCUCUCUAAUAUAAUAAUAAUAGUUUCUCCAAUAAUUUCAUAAUGUUGGAGGUCAGAGCCACCAGCUGAUUAUCAUUGUUCUCAUGAGGGCUCAACGUUUUAGGAACCGGAACUAUUACAAAUUUUAUUUUUUUCCAGAGCUGAAGCUCUCAGUGUGUGUCAAGUGAAAGCUGGAAAAGUUGGUGCCGUACAAGAGUGAGUUCAUCUGCAGAUGUUUUGGGCAAAAAGAGUGACGCCUUGUGAACAGCUUUAAAAACUUCGGCUGGAGAAUCAGAGCAUGGGACUGUGCAGAGCUAAAUUAACCCAGUUCCUGGGGGCCAAACAGUACACCAAGGCCCCUGACGGAGGAUGGGGGUGGGUGGUGGCUGUGGCGUUCUUCCUGGUGGAGAUGUUCACAUAUGGCAUCAUAAAGAGCUUUGGGAUCUUCCUCCAGGACAUGAUGGAGGAGUUUGGUGAGACCAACAGUCGGGUCUCGUGGAUCAUUUCCAUCUGUGUGUUCAUCAUGGCGUUUAAUAGUCCUCUCUCCACGGUGAUGAUGAACCACUUUGGCUUCCAGUUUGUUGUUAUGAUUGGAGGAUUACUAAUAUCCACUGGCACCAUUGCAACCAGCUUUACCAGUUCACUCAAUCAGAUAUACAUCACCUAUGGAUUAGUGACAGGUCUGGGCUACUGUCUGACCUUCCUGCCCACUGUGACCAUCCUGUCAAAGUACUUCAGCCGUCGGCGCUCUCUGGUCACUGCUCUGGCUUCUACUGGGGAAUCCCUUGCGAUGUCUGCCCUAGCUCCAGGCUUUUCUGUGUUAAGAGACAAAAUUGGCUGGAGACGCACAAUGGCAGUGAUCGGAGCUCUGCAAAGCGUCAUCAUAGUCUGUGGUGCGCUGCUCCGGCCAAUCAUUAUUGAACCCAGAGUGCCCCAAAGCCCAAACAUUGACACGUCUUCCCCAAAGGAGCUGGAAGCACUCAAGAAACAAGAGACUGUAGACAGUUUGGUUCUUGAGAACUUUGAGACGACUAAUGGUGUCCUGUCACUUACACUUAAAAACCCGUGUACACCAUUGGAGAAUACUUCACUGGACAUAGAGGCAAGGCUAGAGAUGACUCCAAACUCUCGGGAAAAAAGUAAGGAACCGGAAACAGAAAAACACAACAAAGAUGGUGAAAAAACGAUAGACCAAGAAGAAGGAUGCAACUCAGGCUGCACAAAGCAAUCUGCUGCAAAUUCUAGUCUCCUAGACUUCUCCAUCCUCAAAGACUGCAGUUUUAUCUUCUACUCUCUGUUUGGACUGUUUGCCACUGUGGGUUUCUUCGCCCCUCCGCUCUACAUCAUCGAGCUAAGCGUGAGCCGUGGCGUGGAGCGAGAGCAAGCCACCUACAUGCUCUCCAUCAUGGCCGUGGCUGAAAUCUUUGGACGAUUCGUCAUCGGGUGGGUCCUGUCCCAGGAUGUGUUCAAGACGAGGAAGCUCCUGGUGCUCCUGGUGUGUGUGAUCAUGAUGACAGUGGACUUAGUGGGAUUUACCUUGGUGACAAAUUUUUUCACUCUGGCUUUGUGCUGUGCUGUGUACGGGUUCUUCAUGGGAACCCUGGCAUGCACUCACAUCCCUAUGCUGGCAGAGGACGAGGUGGUGGGUGUGGAGAGGAUGUCAUCAGCUGCCGGUGUCUAUGUGUUCAUCCAGAGCUUUGCUGGACUGGGUGGGCCGCCACUUGGAGGUGUGCUAGUGGAUGUAACUGAGAACUACGGAGCGGCGUUCUACUCCUGCGCGGUGGGAAUGGGACUGAGUGCUGUGUUCCUGGGACUUGUUAGACCUGCUAAAAAAGGGUUGCCUUGCAGGAGGAGAAGCCCGAAAUGCUCUGCAGUUGAACAUGAAAGGAACCCUGGAUACAAGGAGGUGAGCGGAGAGGAGAAACCGGACCAAACUCACACGGCACACGACUGCUCUGAGACAGACGACAAAGGGAACGUCAGUCAGGAAGGAGUCAAGGAGGUCACAAUUCAACACUGAGCUGAAAAAACGCACAAGUAAAAGAACAAAUCAAAUGAAUGUAAGGGUGUAAGGUCAACAGUCCAGGUUGCAGUAAAGAGAAGGUUCAACAGUUAUGAGAGGGAAGUAGGUAUGGACUGGUUACUGGUUUCAAGGUAUACCGCAAUAUAAAAAACAUCACGGUUUCAAAACCACAAAAGUUUUCCAUCAUACCAUUCUGGCAGUACAAGCGUUUUUUUUUAUUUUUGUCUGGUCAGAGAUAGAGCGGAGGUCAAAUCAAACUGGUCAAGUGUAGCUGCACUAUCACAACCCGUCCACCUUGUCUACAAGAAUAAAGUCCACUUUAUAGGAGUACAUCAGCUACCGCAGGAAGACAGAUGGCAACUUGGAGGAAGAAGGUUGUCCUAUGUGCAAAACAUGCUUACCAUACUGUAGCCAGAGGCAAACACGAUCAUACAUCUAGGAGGGCAAGUUUCUAAAUUCAAGGUAAAGUUCAUGCUGUGGUGAAAUGAACGAGCUACAUUUAGUGAAACAAAUAUCACUGUGUUUGUGAUCUAGAGAUUGACUGUAGAGAUUAUGGUGAUAGGCAAAUUUGAAAUGAAAAUAAAGGGCUGUUGAGUGGCGCAGACUUUCGAGAUGAGCCAUGUAGACAGAGGAUGUGUCCAUCCCACGUUCGUCUCCCAUUGUCUUUCUCCCCUUCUUUUUGACCCCUUCCUGUCAAAUUGCUUUCAAAUAAAUGCCACUAGUGUAAACAAAAUAAAAAAAGAAAUUCUAGUUAAAUUCAAAUGGCUGUUCUAAUUGUUCUGGCAGCAACGUAUCAUGUCAAAGAGGAUCAGCCCACAAACAUGCAAGAAGCAAACUGCCUAUGCGUUCACAUCAAAACAUGCUAAGGAAAUGCUACAUGAUGCAUAUUAGAGCUGUAAUACUAAUACCACACCUAGCCUAGCCUUCCUAGGCCACUCUGCUUGAUUCAAAUCUCUGAUAUUGUCUGGGCUUCCUCCCGCUGACGUGGAGUCUGCCAGUAGAAUAUCUACUGGGCCAAUCAGCAUACAGGAGGAGUUGAUUAUCUGCUCUGUUUUAGAAUUGUACUCUCACUGUAGUGUUAGUAAUGGCAGCAGAGGAAGUGAAGGAAGUCUUUCAGUCCAUGUUGGCCACACUUUCAAAAAUUAAUUAACAUCAACAGCCGCCUCCUAAUUUCCGGAAGCUUUGUAGCAUCAUCGUUAUGUCACAUCCAAACAUUAGCGACUUUAGGAAAAUUUUAAACCCCAACAGAGUCCGCUCCUCUAGGAAGCAAUCGUUUCUCAAUAGCUGAGCGUUCAGACCCUUUGUACCAAGCUAAGAGUAGAACAAGGGGGUGACCUUUAUCCACCAUGUGACACCACGACACAGUGAUAUUUUUACCUGACGCAUCAUAUCGUCAUAAUUUCAUACCGCAUCAUGCCUAGAGGGAAAUAUCGCUGUGCUGUUUGAUUGAAAUAGGGAGUUUUACCUCAAAUAGGAUCUAUGAUCCAACAACCAGUAUUUUUUUUUCUACAAGUUCACAUGCCAAAUAUAAAAAUGACUGCUUUUUUAGUACUUUUUUCUGUUAGUGAAGAGUGUAAGUGAAUGAACAGUGACAGAAGAUGUCACACAAAGGCCCGUCCUCAAUAAGUCAUCAGUGUUGCAGUGUGAAGUUAGUUUGUCUGUCUGAUAUCAAUCAGGGCCUAACACUGAAGUCUUUUACAUCAGCUGUUGAUCAGUCUAACCACUCCUGGAAAAUUCUAGAAACUAAAGAGAGCUGCUAACAAAAUAUGCUGCAUAGAUUUUAUUGCACUUAACUGAAAAAUAAAAUAAAUAAAUAAAUAAAUAAAAAAUUCCAAAACCUCAGGAGAAUGUAACAAAAAGUAUUUUCUUCUUUUAUAAUCUAUUGUUUCUGUAUAUCAAUCAUUUGUCACUUUGUACCAAAGACGCAUUAAAUCGCAAUAAAGCAAUGAUGUGAUUUGAA